CUCCCCACCAGUGACUUGGACUCUUAACUCCUUCAACCUCGACGAUGUGUUUUUCGAGAGGUGCCCAAGACUCUCCACGCAGCUCAACAUCCAGUUGCCCAUCACACUAGUCCCGACUCCCGUCCCACCCACUGCCUCCAUAUUCAACAAGCCAAAUGGGCUCAAUGGCGGAGGCCUUAUAGCUAACUCGUCCGUCUUAUCAACAGCUACCCCGCCGCAUACAAAGACAUCAUUCGCACGCCCACUGGGGCUCCCUGCAUUUACAAGUCCGGUCCUGCUUGGCCGGAGCGUAAGGGUCCUGAAACAUACCUCUACAUCCGCGAACCACGUCCUGUGUAAGGUCACCCCAUCGCUCAAGACUGGCUCAAGAUCAGUACAGACAUCUACCAGGCCCUUGAUGCUCUCAGUGUCAAGUGGACCUCAAUCGAUCCCACCGCCUUCGCCGACGUGGGGGAGAAGACGCCAUUUUGCCCGCUCCUGAUGUGGAUCGGUGUGAAGCAUGAGAUGCUCAUGUUUGAGGCUGCGGUGACUGCUGCCGACGCCGUCAAGGAUAUCCUCCGUCAAGCAGGCUUCCUCAAUAUUGAGGUGGCCUUCCGUGAGUCGGAGGUGAUGUGCUCUGUGGGUGGUCCAAAGCUCCUCUCCUUCGACCCCCUUGUCGACCCCAUCCCUGAGUUCUGCAAGGCCUUCACGCCUACACUUGGCCUCUCCAUCGCCCUGCUCAGGACACCCCACUACGAGGGCACUGGUGCACUCUACUUCCACCUCGGCCGUGACGAUGACCGCAUCGCCCUUCUUACCGCUGCCCACGUCGCUCGCCCGCCUCCCAAGUUUGCCAACACUAGCAUGUCAUACGAGAAUACCAGCCAGCCCCAGAAGGAGAUCAUCGCGCUGGGCAGCAUGGGCUAUCCGAAUGUGACAAACACUAUGUGA